AUGCCAUCUUCGCACUCCGUUACGUCUUUAACUUCAACGUGGUGGAACGGUAACGGUGCAUCACUGGACAUAACGCCCUGCACUCCGCAGGCGCCCAUUGUCGCCCAGCAAAAAAGGCGUCCGCAGCGCAUCUACCGGCCCGCAAAGAACUCGCUCUACGAUAUCUUUCAGCAACACGCCGGCACAUCGCUAUUUGUGCGACCCAUUUGUUGGACAGAUUUACACGCUCUACUACUCGGCGCGAAAUGGGAGGAACUGCCGCCAUGCGAUACACCUCAGCCGUUAGCGGCCCAAGGCACGCCACCAUCGCAAGGACAUUUGAGUCCAUCGAAUACCAUUAUCAGUCUUAGCAACGCGCUCACGCAGAUUCUCCUGCCCGAUCCAUUGCAUCCUAUUCUAUCCUCAAAUGCUGUCAAGUCGGUCCUCAACACGUUGUGGCCUACACCUUUCAACAAGCCGCAGUACCUGCCCGAACUCCAUCUAUAUUUUAGCGGCCGCGUUUAUCGUGAUGCUGUACGCGCGCAGCUUAUGCGGAAUUACCCUUCUGAGGAGGCAAAGUCUUCAGACUCUUCAUUCAAACCAGUUUCAACGCAAGCCGCUGAGUCCUUCAACAUCUCAAAGCAAUCGUCUCCCAAAUACAGUCCCGCCAACCUACCCAUGAUCUGUUACGUUAGCAAGAUUCAAUUGGCUUCAGUCCGAAACAACCUUUUCCGCGUCGCUUCUGGACCUGGACGAACAUGGAACGAACCCGUGUUCCGUCUCCAGCAACUGCGAGCUCGGAUGCUCGUACCCUCAAAUUCCGAUCACGAUGCUCAUUUUGUGGGCGUCUUUCUAGGGAUGGCGCAGAAGCACUUCUACCCUAUCCCACCUAUCAGUGGUAGACGCGACUCGCGCAUUUCACCAGGACAGGGCAUUCCUCCAAGCCCUAACUUCCACGACAUCAAGUUGAAGAUUCUCACACACGACAUCGAUACAUCUGAGUUUAUUGUCUACACUGGCCACAUCACAAAGGAGUUCUUAGAGAAGUUCCACGAUCCCUUCAGGGCUCCAGCUGGCGAUGAUGAUGCUAUCGUUUCUGGUCUCAAGAUAGAGUACACGAGAGUUCCUAUCUGGCCGAUUCUGGGACUCAGAGAGAGACUUGGCAAAGCUCUAGGCCAAGAGAUUGUCGGAACCUUCGACCCAGAUAAGAUGGAGACCUGGGAGAAGGACCCCGAGAAACCACGUGGCGAGAAGCGCGAGCGCACAUCCUCACCGAGGUCGCCAGAACAUACCGAGGAAGAACCAGAAAUCAUUUCAAAGAAACGGUGCCUAAGCGAGGGUACGCCUGUGGGCGUGGUGGUGUGA